UUAGGUGAGAGCUUGUAAACAAAAGAAAUGGAAAAUGAAGAAGAUAUCAAAGUUUUAGGGACAUGGGCAAGUCCCUUUGUGAUAAGAGUGAAGAUAGCCCUUAACAUGAAGGGUAUAGUUUAUGAGUCCUUAGAGGAGGUUGAAGGGUUACACUAUAAAAGUGAACUUCUUCUAAAGUCCAAUCCAAUUUACAAAAAGGUCCCUGUGCUUAUUCAUGGUGGCAAGCCAUUAUGUGAGUCACUCAUCAUCCUCCAUUACAUUGAUGAGGCCUUCACCAUUGAUGGAGCUUCUUCUCUUUUCCCUUCUUGCCCUUAUGACUCAGCUCUUGCUAGGUUUUGGGCCUUUUAUCUUGAUGAUAAGUGGUUCCCUUCAUUAAUUGGAAUACUAAAAGCUAAAACAAAGGAAGCAAAAGAAGAAUCAAAGAAACAAGUUGAACAAGGACUAGAGCUUUUGGAGGAGGCUUUCAAGAAGAUCAGCAAAGGAAAGAGAUGGUUCAAUGGUGACAAAAUUGGGUACCUUGACAUGGCUUUUGGGAGUCAUUUGGGAUGGCUCAAAGCCACAGAGAAGUCUGAGAACUUGAAGCUUUUUGAUGAAAAGAAGACUCCAAACUUGGUUGAAUGGGCUCAAUGUUUCCUUUCAGAUGAUAAUGUCAAGAAGGUCAUGCCUGAGAUUGAUAAGUUUGUGGAGUAUGGACAUAAGCUCAAGAUCAAAUGGGGAGUUGCUAAUUAAUUUAAUGUUAAUUAAUUAAGUGUGUUUUUGUCUUUCUUUUUCUUUUGAUUAUUGUGUGCAUGAUCUCAUGAUUUUGUGUGUUCAAAUCAUGAUAUUGUUAGCCACAAUAAAAUAAGAGAUUUCUCUA